CCGCCGCCACCAUCACCGCGAAGCGGAACCAAUGUCCGUCGGCGGCGGGGCCGGCCGGCUCUUUCUCGCUCAGACUCAUCGCAGCGGUGACUCGGCAGCAGCGUCUCGCGUCAUCAGUGACAGCCCCGACUCCGGCUACGCUCUGCGUCGCUCUGCCAGGCGCAGUCGCCUCCUCCUUGGCAAAUAGUCCUCGGCGGGGUCCGAGUUCUUGGGUAAUCCGAGAAGGGAGGCACGAGAAGUUGCCGUUAGGGGACGCGGAAUCGGCUAGGAGAGGGGCAUAAGGGGCCGAAGUUUCUGCGAUAGCGUGGGAAGUUAGUUAAAAACUCCCUUCCUUCCGAGGAUCCCUCCGCCUGCGGUAGCGGUGGUGAGGCCGAGGGAGCCGCCAUUUUGGAUGUUCGGUUCCUGCUGCCACUGCUGCCGCCGCCCCCGAAGCUGCUGGUUUCAUUCGAGGUUUCGGGCCGAGGAUGCCAGCCCCCAUCAGAUUGCGGGAGCUGAUCCGGACCAUCCGGACAGCUAGAACCCAAGCCGAAGAACGAGAAAUGAUCCAGAAAGAAUGUGCUGCAAUCCGUUCAUCUUUUAGAGAAGAAGACAAUACAUACCGAUGUCGGAAUGUGGCAAAAUUACUGUAUAUGCACAUGCUUGGCUACCCUGCUCACUUUGGACAGUUGGAGUGCCUCAAGCUCAUUGCAUCUCAGAAAUUUACAGACAAACGCAUUGGCUAUUUAGGGGCAAUGCUGCUGUUGGAUGAAAGACAAGAUGUCCAUCUUCUCAUGACCAACUGUAUCAAGAAUGAUCUUAAUCACAGCACGCAGUUUGUGCAGGGGCUAGCACUUUGUACCCUUGGCUGCAUGGGCUCGUCAGAGAUGUGCAGAGAUCUUGCAGGAGAGGUUGAGAAGCUUCUGAAAACCUCCAACUCUUACUUAAGAAAAAAGGCAGCAUUAUGUGCUGUUCAUGUCAUCAGGAAGGUUCCUGAGCUUAUGGAGAUGUUUUUACCAGCAACAAAAAAUUUAUUGAAUGAGAAGAACCAUGGUGUCCUUCACACAUCUGUAGUCCUCCUUACAGAAAUGUGUGAGCGCAGCCCAGACAUGCUUGCACAUUUCAGAAAGCUUGUGCCCCAAUUAGUUCGUAUUCUCAAGAACCUCAUUAUGUCCGGAUAUUCACCAGAACAUGAUGUUUCUGGUAUCAGUGACCCCUUUUUGCAGGUACGAAUUUUGCGGUUAUUAAGAAUUUUAGGACGAAAUGAUGAUGACUCAAGUGAAGCUAUGAAUGAUAUAUUAGCACAGGUUGCCACUAAUACAGAGACGAGUAAGAAUGUAGGAAAUGCUAUUCUUUAUGAAACAGUUUUGACUAUCAUGGAUAUCAAGUCAGAGAGUGGACUGCGAGUUCUAGCCAUUAAUAUCCUGGGUCGUUUCUUACUGAACAAUGACAAGAAUAUUAGAUAUGUAGCUCUGACAUCCUUGUUGAAGACUGUGCAAACAGAUCAUAAUGCAGUACAGAGGCACAGGAGCACAAUUGUGGACUGUCUAAAAGAUUUGGAUGUCUCAAUAAAACGGCGUGCAAUGGAAUUGAGUUUUGCCCUAGUAAAUGGGAAUAAUAUCCGAGGCAUGAUGAAGGAAUUACUUUAUUUUCUGGAUUCCUGUGAGCCAGAAUUUAAAGCAGACUGUGCAUCUGGAAUCUUUCUUGCUGCAGAAAAGUAUGCACCUUCCAAACGGUGGCAUAUAGACACCAUUAUGCGUGUUUUGACAACGGCAGGAAGUUAUGUUCGUGACGAUGCAGUUCCCAAUUUGAUCCAGUUAAUAACCAAUAGUGUGGAGAUGCAUGCCUAUACUGUCCAGCGCUUGUACAAAGCAAUUCUUGGUGAUUAUUCUCAACAACCUUUGGUACAAGUGGCUGCGUGGUGUAUAGGUGAAUAUGGUGAUCUUCUUGUGUCUGGCCAGUGUGAAGAGGAAGAACCUAUUCAGGUAACAGAGGAUGAAGUGUUGGAUAUUUUAGAGAGUGUCCUAAUUUCUAACAUGUCCACCUCAGUGACACGAGGUUAUGCCCUCACUGCCAUUAUGAAGCUUUCUACUCGAUUCACCUGUACUGUAAACCGAAUUAAGAAAGUGGUUUCUAUCUAUGGAAGCAGCAUUGAUGUGGAACUCCAGCAGAGGGCAGUAGAAUAUAAUGCACUUUUUAAGAAAUAUGACCACAUGAGGUCUGCCCUACUUGAAAGAAUGCCUGUCAUGGAAAAAGUGACUACAAAUGGCCCUACUGAAAUUGUGCAGACAAAUGGAGAGACAGAACCUGCUCCACUAGAGACCAAACCACCACCCUCUGGGCCACAGCCUACCAGCCAGGCUAAUGAUUUAUUGGAUUUAUUGGGAGGAAAUGACAUAACACCUGUUAUCCCAACUGCACCUACAAGCAAACCUGCUUCCGCUGGUGGAGAACUUCUUGAUUUGCUGGGAGACAUCAACCUUACAGGUGCUCCAGCUGCUGCUCCUGCCCCUGCCUCCGUCCCACAGAUAUCCCAACCCCCAUUCUUGCUGGAUGGACUUUCAUCACAGCCUCUCUUCAACGAUAUUGCUGCAGGCAUCCCCUCCAUCACAGCAUACAGUAAGAAUGGCUUGAAGAUAGAAUUCACCUUUGAACGGUCAAACACCAACCCCAGUGUCACAGUGAUAACGAUACAGGCCUCCAACAGCACAGAGCUGGACAUGACGGACUUUGUUUUCCAGGCUGCAGUACCAAAGACAUUCCAGCUGCAGCUUCUGUCUCCAAGCAGCAGCAUUGUCCCAGCAUUUAACACAGGGACCAUCACACAAGUCAUUAAAGUUCUGAACCCACAGAAGCAACAGCUGCGAAUGCGGAUCAAGCUCACAUAUAAUCACAAGGGCUCAGCAAUGCAAGAUUUAGCAGAAGUGAACAACUUUCCCCCUCAGUCCUGGCAAUGAAGGCCUGGCACCAUUCUUGUUCUUAUUCUACUCAAUCAAAGGAACUCUGGGAAGGACGUUGUGAUUGCUGGCAAGUCCCCCCCCAACUGUACCAUGGGCAUGAGGAGCUGAAGAGAACUGUUGAGGAGGAUUUUCCUGAAGUUACUGCUGACUUUGAAGCAUUGUUAAAGACUAACGUCCUCUCCUCCACUGUUGAAGCUGGCUGCUUCUGGAGGCUACUUUGCACUCUCCUCCUCUCUCCCUUUUCCAUACUUCUCCACCCUCCCACAUUUACAGCCAGAAUCCAUGUUCCCUGGGCCCCUGAAGAAAUAAGCAGCUGGUCUGGAGGAGAGGACUGAAAUUCAUGGCGAGAAAACACUCACUCUGUCUCUGCAGCAAAGAGUUGCCCUUUCUUUCUACUAUUGUUUCUCGGUGGACUGGGCAAGGUGGGGUAUUUAUUCCUCACUAGCUGGGUUACCAUCUUUAGGCGCUUUUUACAUCUGGCAUUCGGAAUGGAAAUGUAACAGUGGACAUUAGGGAGCCCUGCCUUUUUCUACUGGUUCCCCCAAUGUUUGAAAGAGGCAUUAGGCUCCUGGUGGCCUUUCCUGUGCAUUGCUGUAUACACACAGACACACACAUGUAUGUACAUUUGUUGUUGAGAACUGGUCAGACCUUGAGAUGAUUUGUAAACACUGGACAGAUGCAGUAAAAGGAACUUUUGUCGAGAUUUGGCAUGAAGGAUAUGGUGCUCUAUUUGUAAUAGAUACUUCCAAGGCUCUUCUAGCUCCCCUUUCUCUCCAUUCUGUAGCUAUAGUCAUGAAUACUCUCCGUGAUUUUCAAAAUCGAGUCCCCUUAAAAUGCAAAGUGAAACUUUCUAAAAGUACUUUAAUUAGUUAUCAGUGACCCCAUUCCCUUCACAGGUUUUGAAGUUUCCCCUAAGCCUGUGACUUGCCUGUUUGAACUGUGGUAAAGGAGUGGAAAGAGGAAUCCACCAGUUCUAAAGAUCAGACUCCCUAACAAAAGCAGCUCUACCCAUAGGAAAAGUGAAUAUCAGACUUGGCCUGGAGCACGUUGGAGUCAUCUUAUCCAUUACUCCAAACCUCCCUUUUUGUUUCCUGAGCCUGGCUUGGACCUUGGCAUUCCAUUUGAAUUCCUUCUUCUAACUGGAACAUUUGUGUUGUAUCUGUAACACUGGCACUGAAAUAAAGACCACACACUUAAAGAACUCUUUCCUAUAUCGUACUUUAUGGUGUUGGAAUGAAGCCUUGUAGCUUCCUUGCCCCUAUGUCAGAGAAAGUCUUAUGGACACCAUAGGGUAGGAAUAUAAUUUUGUGAGUUUGAGAACUUGGUCUCUUGGAAGAGAUCAGUCUUAUGAAUAUCUGCAUUAAAGAUUUGAGGUUUUUAAACUAGUGAGAGUGCCGAGUGCUUUUUAGAAAGGAUCCUUGUGUUUUCAAACCUUAAAGUUGAGUUGUGCAUGUUGAAUAUACUGUGUAUGUUCAGGUAUACAGGCGUUUUGUUUUAUAUACUGAAAAGAGAAUGUGAGGCCCACCUUGCUCUUACAAUCAUUACUGUAUUGAGUACAGUAGAGUGACUACUUUGGCUUCAGACUGAAACCUGGAUACAAAUACCCUUUUUCCCUCCAUUUUGCAAAGCCUUUAUUUAAAAUCUUCAGUGUUUUGUCAAAUCUAGCUCUGUAUCAGAUGCUAGCCUAUUCCUAACAUUUGACAAACUGGAGGUGAACUAAAGGCUCCAAAGGGAAAACCUUCUGGUCUUACUAAUAUAUAAGAGCAAGAUCUGCUAAAAUUUAUGCCACUGGGUAAAUGAUGGCCGAGUCAAAACCAGAUUAUUAUCUCUUGAAUAGUUCUCAGCAAAUUAAGGGUGGACUCGUGCUUAUUUCAGACAGCCGCUCUGCCUGUGCAAUGAAAAAUAGCCUUUUCAAACUUUCUUUGCAGACUGAUUUCACUGGAUGGAUAUUUAAUGCUGUGAAAUGUGAUAGGAUUAACAUAAUAUUGGUGGAUUUCUUGAAUAGAAUUUGUCUUAACAUUCCUCUUUGUGUAGAGGCUUUAUUUUCUCUCUUACAUUUGUAGCUAACCAGCUCAGGUUUUCCUAGUUGAACUGAGUUGAAUCUCUGAAGAAAUCUGCUCAACACCAUGCUAUCAGUGCUAGCUAAUGGAGCAGAAGGGGCAAAGCAUCUCGCUGGGUGAUCAUAGUUUUGAGUUAGAGUUAGUGGUCAUCCGUGGCUUUGUCUAGAAGGAAUAAAAUAUGGCCUUAACACAAAGGGUGCUGCGUAGACUAGGAAUGACUUUCAGAGACUGAACCUGAGCACCAUACUGAAGGACUAGCAGCCAAAUAACUGCCUAGGAUACUGAUGGUGGUGAAGACUGUUUCAAACGAUUGGAUCUUUGAAAGCUUCAGCGUGCCUUAGUUUCUAGGAUCAGAAUUACUUCUCUUCUCACUUGGCCUUGCAGCUAAAAGGAGAAAUCCCUUAAUUUCUGUAAACACUUGCACAUUUCAGCAAUUCCUUUCCCAAGUAUAACUAUUUAAGGGGGAGCGCAUUUGGAUGAAUUCACAACUUCAGAGCCAUUAUGAGAAAGGAGCGAUUUCCAUGGCUGUUGAAUAACCCCGGGGUGAUAGGCAGUGAGCCCUCAGACACUUCCUCCAACAAUUUCACCUGCACUUGUACCUCAUUAUUUCCCUCUUCCACAGUAGUUUGUAUCCUGAUUUCCCCUGACCCCUCACCUCCAGUAAUCUUAAGGGAGAAUUCAUCGAAGUAAUCUCAAAUAACUGUCGGAUGGGUGCUCUCCCCAAAAAGCUUCUCCCGCAAUGCUUUGGUGCUGUUACCUUGAGGUGGUUUGGACAGUCAUGGAAGUUUUGCGCUGUGUAUAGUGAUCAUCUGUUAAUGUUAAGGUCUUUCUCGUUUAAAGAAACAUUCCUCAGUGUAAAGUUUGGGAGGAGAUUUCUUUCCUCUUGCUAGGUUAAAAGUGUGGUUUGUGCCCCUUGUUUGUCCCCUGCAUAUAUGCAAAUAGACUUAAAACUGUCCAGGACUAAUGAUUGGAAUAUUUUCACCUACCAAAUAACAUGCUUUCCAUUGUUACGUCCUUCUAGAACAGGUGGAAAGGUAAAGGAUACUGCUUUUGAGGCUCAGCUUAUUAUCUUCUUCAUUGGAAAAUUUUUGGGCCAUGAGAACUAGGGGAAAGAAUGAAUUUGAAUGUUUUAUUUUUUUCCCCUAGUGAAUGUAUUAUAACCACAGUGUCCUAAACAGAGCGAGCGAGCGAGCAAGCGAUUGAGAGAGCGAGCGAAAAGUAGAAAUUCACAAACUUUGUGGUUGGGGCAAUGGUUGUACAUGUCCGUAUUUACGUUUGGGAGUGGGGAGGAUAAUCUAAGAAUUACUCAAAAAGUCCUGAAGUUUGAAAUACUCUUAAUCAUCUUUGGCUCAGGAGGGUGGAGCUGCUUUUAGAACUGGAAGUGAGUAACUUUCUCAAGCAAUAGCAGUGAGCGGGGUCCCAUCAACAAGGUUCCAGGACUUGGAACACUAACCCAGAAGAAAACGUGGAGAAGCAGCUUGCACAGUUGCUUUGUGAACGUCCAUGAGACUGAUUCUGGCUUCAAGAUGGAGCAUUGGAGUUGUUUGUUUUUUGAACCUGCAUUUGCGCUUUGUGUGUUUUGUUUUUGUUUUCUCUCUGGAGCCUCAUUGGAAAGGGCUUCUGUACUCUUUCCUUUGGAAGCUCCCUAUUUGUUCCUGUAAAGUCCCUUUUCUUUCAUAAUGUUGUAAGUUACAUUUUCAUUCAGCCCCAUCACAUCUUCUUUACUGUAAAAAUAUUAAAAGCUGUUUCCAAGUGGGACAGCUAAUGAAGUUCUAAUUAUUGCAGACAUAUUUUUGAGAUGUAAAAAAAAUUAAAAAAUGGUAAGUCUUAGAGGUGAGUGAGGUAUAAAAUGGAUGUAAACAUUUACAUGGGAUGCAUUAGAAUUCUGUGUGUAUUGUCUUUUGGUUGAAACAAAUUAUGAACAGUGACUAAUAAUAAAAAGUCAAUACUCAAUGAUUUAAAA